AUGUUAACAAGUAAGUCGAGAAUGCCGACAGAUCCUGGCCGCCACAAGCAACCUAACCAUUGCGUGCAGAGAGCCUUGCCCUCCUUGUGGUUCAGAAGUGGUUUUGCUAGGCGAGGAGCAGAAGUGGUUCUGAUCGGUCUAACGUGCAGUGUCAUCGUUAAACAAAAACAGGCCUCUUGGAGGUCGGCGAUUCUUCUGCACUCUCUGGAGAGUGGUGGUAACUGGUGCCACUUCUUCGGGACAGGAAAGUACUGGCGCUCUCCCGUUGCCGUUCUGGCGCCUCCGUUGCUUCCUCACAAAAAUAAGUGUUGA